AUGGCUCCACUCACCUCUCCAUCCACCGGUGUCAGCUACUCCCAUCUCAGUGAGAAAGUUGCUGAACUGGAACAACGGAUAACCACUCUACAAAGGAUCUGUGAAGCAGAAAUGCAAAAGGACACCAUCAUCAUCAUCAUCAUCCAUUCUUCAGUGACAGAGACACGAACAGGGCCUCUGGGAUGUAGUAGCUAUGACAAUCUGGACUCAGUCAGCUCGAUCCUCCUGCAGAGCCCCGAGAGCAAGCUUCAUCUGCAAGGCCUUCAAGUGAUAUUCCCAGAAUACCUGCAGGAGAAAUUUGUCCAGUCAGCUCUGAGCUACAUUAUGUGCAACGGAGAAGGGGAGUAUGCGUGCCAUAACAACCAGUGCAUUUGCCAAUGUGCCGACGACUAUCCCCAGUGCAACUGUCCGAUCACAGACAUCCAGAUUAUAGAGAAUACUCUGUUGGUGAUGUCAGAGUCCUGGGCAGCCUCUUAUAAAGACUUUGAAAACUCUGAUGAAUUCAAGUCGUUCCUGAAGAGGCUCCCCUCAACCCAUUUCCUACCCAUCAGCAGUGUUCAUCUUCUGUGGGGCAGUGACUGGGACCUGCAGGCCCGCUACAGACUCCUUCAGAGCUCCCUAGAGAUCCAGCGGCUCAAGAUCCAGCGCACCGCCCGCAAGCUCUUUAGCCUCAGCAUCCGUUGUCACCACAAUCCCAGCCACCAGACAUCUAGGGAGAGAUCUGUCAUGCAGUGGCUCAACAGGGUUCAGUCUUUCCUGUACUGCAACGAGAAUGGAUUUUGGGGCACCUUUCUGGAAAGCCAAAGGACAUGCGUGUGCCACACAGGCGUCACUCUGUGCCAGCGACCCAUUCCAUGUGUCAUAGGUGGCAACAACAGCUGUGCCAUGUGCAGCCUGGCCAACAUCUCACAGUGUGGCUCCUGUAACAAGGGCUACAAGUUGUACCGUGGUCGUUGUGAGCCCCAGAAUGUGGACUCAGAACGUAGCGAGCAGUUUAUUAGCUUUGAAACCGAUUUGGACUUUCAGGACUUGGAGCUGAAGUACUUAUUAGAGAACAUGGAUUCACGAUUGUACAUUCACACCACUUUCAUUAGUAAUGAAAUCCGACUGGAGACAUUCUUUGACCCACGAUGGCGCAAGCGCAUGUCUCUGACUCUGAAAAGUAAUAAAAACCGGAUGGACUACCUCCACAUGAUAAUCGGCCUGUCGAUGAAGAUCUGUCAGAUGCGAAAUAGCAGUAUUGAUCCUAUGUUUUUUGUUUAUGUCAACCCAUUCAGCGGCAGCCAUUCCGAAGGCUGGAGCAUGCCCUUUGGUGAACAUGGAUAUCCGCGUUGGAAAAAAGUACGACUUCAAAACUCCCAGUGCUUCAACUGGACUCUGCUGUUGGGCAACAGGUGGAAGACCUUCUUUGAGACGGUGCACAUUUACCUGCGCAGUCGUGCUAAGAUUCCAACCGGCCUCCGCAAUGAUACAGGACAGGGUCCGGUGGAUCUUGCAGACCCUAACAAGCGGCAGAUCUACAUAAAAAUCUCUGACAUCCAGGUGUUUGGUUACAGCCUGCGCUUUAAUGCUGACCUGCUGCGUAGUGCCGUUCAGCAGGUUAACCAGUCGUACACACAAGGAACCCAGUUCUACUCAUCCUCAUCUGUUAUGCUCCUGCUACUGGACAUUAGGGAUCGGAUUAACCGUUUAGCACCACCUUCUGCACCUGGCAAACCCCAGCUGGACCUUUUCUCUUGUAUGUUAAAGCAUAGGCUGAAGCUCAACAAUAGCGAGAUGAUUCGAGUGAACCAUGCGCUGGACAUGUACAGCACAGAGAUACUAAAACAAUCAGAUCACCUGACUGCUAAACUCUGUUGAGCAUACGAUUAACACAAGGACAAGAGAUUUAAGAGAAACAUCCAACAAACUGAGGGAAUGUUAAUUUGUAUUUGUUUUACCCUUUUCGUUUUUUUUUUUUGGACCUUUUCUGCCUUUUGAUGUAACAUUAACUUUGUAAGUAUAAUUCUUAAAAAAAAUAAAUAAAUAAAGAGCAAACAGCAUUGAUGAAAAGCUGUUGUGGCAGAUAAAGAUGAGCGGAAACAUUACAAGAACUGUAUCAUAUGUGUCCCAGCAUGUCUGUAAUUCCCUUAAAGAACUUAAAAGAGAGAGUGGAAAAAAAAAAUAUAUAUAUAUUAAAUCUGUGUACUGGUGAACAGGAGGCCUUGAUUAUUAUUUAAGGGAUCAAAGGUUAUUAUAUCUGAAACUGCCAUUCUUUAUCAAGGAAAAAAAAAAGAAAAAGACAUUUUUAAAGGAACAAUGAAAAAUAUAAGGGCAGACCAGAUAUUUUAAUUCACUGAACGUGAAGAAUAUUUCGACAUUAUGACAGUUUAGUAUUAAAAUGUUUAUACAUUGUAAGGAAUAGCUAGGACUAGUGAAUAAGUAGUCACUACAUUACUUAUAAACUCUUUAUUAUGUUUCAGACCCACAGUUAAUCUGCAUUGCUCUCUGUGAGUAAUUCUGCACUCUGUCAUUGUUCUGACACAUAAGGCACACAGCAGGGCAGUAAUGGAUAUUCAUGUCAAACAACAAAAGCCAGCUGUUUAUAUACACAUAAAUGUGAAUGAAUGUAUAAGUGUGAGAGGGCAUGUCUGUUUUUCAUUUUCUUUCUUUUUUUCCAAUUCGGCUUAAUGCUUAGUGCUGUUUGUUCAUUGAAUGUGUCACUUGAGAUUGAUCCCUGUCUUUGCUAAAGUUUGCAUUUGGUGUGUUUUUCCCCUGUGUUUGAAAUGCCAGCUGUUUCUUUAUUUCGUCUAUUUUUUUUUCUUUCACAAGGCAGUACCUCCUGGUGCGUGAAUGCAAUGUAGUGGUCUGAAGAUUUACCAAUCAAUGCUAUUUUGUACAGCUUUGCAAAAUGUACACGUUGUGACUGCUGAUUUGUGGAGCUUUUAAGCACCAAGAGCAAAGUGUAAAGCAUUCAUCGUUCAGGCACAUUUGCAAGACAACUUAAAGCCAUACACUUCUCUGAGGUAUAGACAUACAGUAACCCAUAAAGUUCAUUCCGACUUGUUCCAUUCAUAUGCCUUUGUUUCAUUCUCUCAAAUGAUUUCAGAUAAGAGCACAGCAAAAAAAAAA